AUGGUCUACCGACUGCAGCUUGCCAGCCGGACUAUCACUCUUGCUGCUGGCCGCCUGCCAGAUUGUCCCUAUUAUGGUUUGGGCUCUAUGUCCGAUAUACCGGUCUCAAUGGUUGACGCCAAUUCUAGCACUAGUAGGUUCUCUAAUAUGAAAAUUAGCCAUCACUCAGCCCAGUCUGACCAGUCGUCAUCGACAUCUGAGCCUCCUUUCACCGAGCCUUCGCUAGCCACACGACAGCCACUAGAGACUGUCCGCAGCCUUGCUGUAUCUCCCAUCACUGGGGAGCUGUAUAUUGCGGAGUCUCGUCGGAUUUGGAUACGCCGAGCAGAUGGACGACUUUAUCGUGUAGCUGGUCCAUAUCCUGAAGUUUUAUCGACUGCUAAGACGAAUGGCUUGUAUGCCGUUCAAAAUCCUCCAAGCGUCGAAGACUCCCACGAAUGCUCUAAUGCGACAAUUGAAGAAAAUACUGGAUUCGCUUUGGAUGCCGUCUUCCGUAAUAUCAAUGCGAUCACAGUGACAACAUUCGGUGAAUUGAUAGUUUCAGAUGUUGGACGAUCCAUGGUUUAUCACAUUCACUACCAUCUUCCUCAGAACACAAGCCAGAGGGGCCCAUACCGCGUUCUUUCUCCUGAUACUCAUGAGAUAUAUGAGUUCAAUGGAGGCGGACAACUGACAGCAACUAAGAAUGCAAUCACAAUGAAGGAUCUUCAUAGACUGGUUUUUCGUAUGCAUAAAUUGCUUUCGCAAAUAACAGGCAAUAGCCAGGAGCUCAAGUUUUCCAUUCACCGGGAUGCACAUGGAAAGCCAUUGCGCUUUGAAACUUCUACGGGUAAAAUCUUCACACUCAACUUUACAUUUUUUAAAUAG